UCCAAUGUUUUCCCCCACCCCCGACGUGCGUGUUUGCGUCAGACGGACGGUCGCGCGGCCGAUCUGGUUCCCGCCAUCUGCCCUUUUCACUAAGUGAAGGGGAGGCCGGGCUGGGUUUUGGUCAAGGCCAGGCCAGGCCGGCGGGUCGUGGGACUAAAGGGCAGACUCUACCCACGAACACAGAGCGAGGGAGAAGGCGGCGGCAACAGCAGCAGCACUGAAACUACGCCAGGCCCAGACCGGUCUGUGGGGAAGGUAGCGGUAAAAAGGAAAGCCGCCGCCAUCAUUAUCCACGUGUUUAAAAGCAAACGUUUUCAUGAACAAUUUGUAUGAAAACAUGACUCCACUGAAACUACGGGGGUCUAUUCGCAUGCGCAGCAUUCAAACUGGAACUACAAAAUGGAAAGAAGGGUCAUUUGAAAUUGUGGAUAAGGAUAGCAAAAUGACUCUGGUGGUUCGCUACAAUGUUGGAGGAAUUCCAAAGAUAUUUCAGCUAAACCAUAAUAUUAAAAAUGUGCUUGUGCGACCAAGUAAAGGGAAAUUGUGUUGCUUGAUGAUAACACUAAAGGAUACUAGUUUCUUGACUGUGGAUAAAAUACCCUCCAAAGAUGCAAAUGAAAUGAAGUUAUAUCUAGAGGCCAUUCAAAACAGGGCUCAUGCAGCCGCGAAAUCCUCCCAAGGUUCUGGUAGCUUUGGAGGUGUUCUGGGCAAUAGAACCACGCAGAAAGAUUCUAACAGGCAAUUCCCAUACAUUGAAAACCAGAUUCCUUCCAAAAGAGAAAAUAAAGAUGAAACUCCACUUCGUAAGGUGCUGAGUAGCCCAGUAUCAAGUAAGAAUUCUCCAGCAACUGGAAUGUCUGGCAAUAGGGUCAACAGUUCGAUGAGUAUUGCUGCUUCAACAUCUCACAGAACAGAAAACCGUGAAAGGAGGAAAAGGACAUCACCAACUUCAGAAAUGAAUGAAGAUUAUCCUAAAGAGAAUGAUUCAUCAAGCAAUAACAAAGCUUUGACUGAUCCAGCACGGAAAUACUUACAUAGCAGCAGGGAAAAGCAGCUGAAUUUGAAACAGAUUGAGGAGAACAGAUCAUCAGGGGUUUCACCUUUACAAUCUUCCUCAUUUUAUGGUAGCAGAUCCUCUUCAAAGGAUUAUUCAGCUGGUAAUUCUAAUCUGGACAGAUCUAAUGUGGUGAAUCAGAAUCCUUCUGCAAAAAGAAGCUUGGGGUUUCUUUCUCAGCCAGCCCCUCUCUCUGCUAAAAAAAUGAGAUCUAAUCAGGAUUACAUGGGAUGGAACAAGCCACGAGUCCCCCUUUCCAAUCACCCACAACAGCAAUUGCAAGGAUUUACAAACUUAGGAAAUACCUGUUACAUGAACGCUAUUUUACAAUCUCUGUUUUCAAUUCAGUCAUUUGCUAAUGAUCUUUUGAAACAAAAUAUCCCAUGGAAAAAAGUUCCACUCAAUGCACUUAUCAGACGCUUUACCCAUCUGCUUGCUAAAAAAGAUGUUUGUAGCCCUGAAGUAAAGAAAGACCUACUCAAAAAGGUGAAAAAUGCCAUUUCGGCUACUGCAGAGAGAUUCUCUGGUUAUAUGCAAAAUGAUGCCCAUGAAUUCUUGAGUCAGUGCUUGGAUCAGUUGAAGGAGGACAUGGAGAAACUGAACAAAACCUGGAAGAGUGAGCCAAUUUCUGGUGAAGACAAUUCAUUAGGACGCCUAGCUGAUGACUUAUCGGCCACCAGAGUUUAUACAUGUCCAGUUAUUACAAAUUUAGAAUUUGAAGUUCAGCAUUCUAUCAUAUGUAAAAUGUGUGGUGAAACAGUCACCAAACGGGAACAGUUUAAUGACCUUUCCAUUGACUUGCCACGAAGAAGAAAACUUCUUCCAUCGCGAUCAAUCCAAGAUUCCUUGGAUCUCUUUUUCAGGGCAGAGGAGAUAGAAUAUUCUUGUGAGAAGUGUAAUGGAAAAUCUGCUCUCGUUACACACAAAUUCAGUCGGUUUCCCAGGGUCUUGAUUCUUCAUCUGAAACGGUACAGCUUCAAUGUGGCACUCUCCCUCAAUCACAAAGUUGGACAGCAAGUGGUUAUACCAAGAUUUUUAACCCUGCAGUCUCACUGUACAGAAAGCACACGGCCUCCGCUUAAUCUGGGGUGGAGCGCACAAUCAGCAAUCUCGCGGCCAUUGAAAGUAUCCCAAAUGGUGAAUUCCUGUUCCGUAAGCACUUCCACACCAUGUCGAAAGUACUCAUUCAAGUUUAAAGGACCUAUUCUAAACUCUGUGGAUUCAGACAGUGAAGAUGAACCACUGAAACGUCCUGUUGCAAACAGCCAAAAACAGUGUGAUUUCCAAACGAGGGAACAACAGCGAGAGGAGCUCGAGAAACCUUCAAAGAAAAGUAAAACAGAGAGUGAUAAGGCUUCAGAGUCACCAAAUGCUGGAUUUGAUGGCAUGAGUGAGGAUGAGCUUCUAGCAGCUGUUCUGGAAAUUAGUAAGAGGGAAGCAUCACUGUCAUUGAGCCAUGAUGAAGACAAGCCCACAAAUAGUCCAGAUACUGGCUUUGGAGAUGAUGAGCUGCAGGAGUUGCCAGAAAAUAUGGAAUCUAUGGAUGUGGAGAAACCCAAAGCAGCUACAGAGUCAGGUUUUGCCAACUUCACUGAGAUAACUAAAGAUUUUGAUGAGAAUAAGGAAAACAAAACUCCGGAAGGCACUCAGGGGGAGGUCGAUUGGCUGCAACAGUAUGACAUGGAACGAGAAAGAGAAGAACAGGAGCUACAGCAGGCUUUGGCUCAGAGCCUCCAAGAACAACAGGAGGCGCGAGAACAAAAAGAAGAUGAUGACCUUAAACGAGCCACUGAAUUGAGUCUACAAGAGUUUAACAGCUCCCUUCUGGACAGUCUUGGCUCUGAUGAAGACUCUGGGAAUGAGGAUUUUCUAGAUAUGGAAUAUUCAGAAGCAGAAGCUGAGGAACUGAAGAGAAAUGCUGAGAUAGGAGAGCUUCCGAAUUCCUAUCGUCUCAUUAGUGUGGUCAGCCAUAUUGGAGACACAUCUUCCUCAGGUCACUAUAUUAGUGAUGUAUACGAUAUUCGCAAGCAGGCAUGGUUCACAUAUAAUGACUUGGAAGUAUCCAGAACUCAAGAGGUGUCUGUACAGAGUGACAGAGACCGGAGCGGCUACAUCUUCUUUUAUAUGCACAAGGAGAUAUUCGAUGAAUUGCUAGAAACAGAAAAAAAUAUGCAGCUGCCUUCCUCGGAAGUGGGAAAGCCUGUUCGGCAGCCCCUGUGAAGAAUAUGUCUCUUCCUGAGCACAAAGGAUUUUGAACUUUUGCCUGACUUGCAGGAGCCACAAACCCCCAAGAACUCAGGGCAUAAUUGAGACAAAUCCCUUGGAAUAGGAGGAAUGGAUCAUUCUACACCUUCCUUUGGACUUCAGCCAUGCAGUUAACCUUCUUCUACCCAGAGUUCUCUUCCUUUUUUUUUUAGUUUGUUUUAUUUUCUGUUACGAUGUUCAAGAAAUAAUUUUGCCAGAAAUGGAGUUAAUCAGGCUAAAGGUUUUAACAGCUCCUUCAGAACUUCAUCCAAAGGAUAUUAUGAGAGGAGACUGCAAGUUCACCCAUUUGCCUAUCACAUUUGCCUACAUAUUGGGUGGCUUUCUUCCUCUUUCCAGCACAACAGCAAAAUAAGCAAUAGCCUGUAACCUGGCAUAUAUUGUAUCCAUAAUAUUCACUGGAAAGUGCUGAUGAUUGGCUAAAGGGAGUAACCUGGGAUGGCUGAAACAAAUGGACUUGGACACUCACAAUUUGUAAUGCAGGAUCAUAAAGAUGCAGGAAACAAACUGUUGGUGCUCUGAAACACGUUGCAUACAUCAUCUUCACACAGUUCACUUUCAUCUUUGUUUAAUAAUGAGAUAUAUAUAUAUAUAUUUUAACUUUAAAAGUUUUUAUUCUUUUUGACUGCAUUCUUUUCUAAGUACUGCCUUUUGCAGCACAAUUUUAUUUCUCUGAGUGUGUGUGUGUGUGUGUGUGUGAGUGUAUAUAUAUAUAUUUGCUGUGUUUCACUAAAGACUGUCCUGGUUGGGCUGUGAGAGAGGCAGCUAAUAGUAGACGUUCACAUCCUGGCAUUGGGCAGAGGCCCUUUUCAAGCAGUGCCCCAACCAAUGCUAAUUAGUAAAAGAAGCGCAGACAGCAGUUCUGUCUCGUGUUUCCUGUGUUUGUGUCAGCCUUCUGACAUGAAAAACUGCACGUGCUAUAGCAAGGUUGGGGGUGUAUUGGGCAAGAGUCAUGUGCUGACAGCUUUAUUCUAGUUGUGUGAAAAGUGCAGUGAAACGUUGAAAAAAAUCAGAAAAUUCAAACAUGAUUAUUUGAUGUUUGCAAGACAUUUCAGGGCAGAAAUGUUAGGGUUUAGUUAUUUAAAGGGUAUUUAGAUAACAUAAAACUCAUUUUAUAAGUAAUUUUGGCAAAAAUGAAAAACACUAUCAGAUUAAUUUGUGCCAGUUUUUUUUUUUUUUUUUAGUGCUGGAAGUUGGUUCCUGUUCUCUCACUUAUACUUUUGUGGCAAUGAAAUUGCAAAUAACUGAUGUGCUUCUUGGUUUGCUCCUAACUCAGACCUCUCAUUUGAAAAGGUGUAAAGAGGCAUUGGGACCGUUAUGUUUCCCCCCUCUGUUUGCAGCAGCAGGGGGUGGGGGUGGUUAUUACCAUAGAAUUUCCUAAAAAAAAUAAAAUCCUUGGACUAGUAGACACAAAGCAUUGAAAAUGAGUACAAAAGCAGGUAUUACCUGUUGCAGUAGGAUUUCCCUGCAGGGUUCAUAGAAUUACAUGCUGUGUAAGGCAACUCUAGAUGACACUUGCUAUGUGUAGGAUAGUAAAGAUGAUAACUUGAAUUGCCAUUCUGGCUGAUAUAUCAAACAAGAUAAGGUUCUUCAAAACUAUACUCCUCAAACAUAGUAUGCUAAGUUAUUCUGCCACUGUAAGUUUGUACUGUUGACAGUCAAAGUAUAAAGGAUAUUUUUUUCCAGUGAAGAAGAGAGCCUUGAUUCUGGUGUAAAGCUAGACAUCUGUUGACAGUUCUGAGACAGUGCUCUCCAUCUUUCUCCUACCACACUGGGUUACUUCCAGAUACUCAUACACUCCUUCAAGAAGACAGGAGGGGAAGCAUUUUCUCCAAUUCCCCCCAUCGCCACCCCCGAGUUCCCUGUGCCUUCUGUAAGGCUGCUCUGGAGAGUUGAGGGAGCCUCAAAAGCAUUGGAAGUAGCACUGGGGGCUUCAGGAGGAAGGCUGUCAGCUAAAAUACCUUCAUCCUCCAGUGAGCGCAUCUGCUGUAUCUUGAUCCCUUCUAUGAAUUGAAGGGUCCGAAUCCAACCUAUUGGGUUGUAUCCAAUGGUGUCAUUCUAGUGGGAGGGAACCACUGGUGGAAUGGAUUCCUCCCCUUGCAGCUCCCAAAUCUGUUCUGGAGGGUUGGGGGAUCCUCUGGAGCAGAUUUGAGGUGUCCCAAGACAGUGGGGGAGAAGAGGAUAAGGAGGUCCUGUUAAACAAGUGGAUUUCCACUCAUGUGAACAUUGGAUACAACCCACUGUAAGUAAGCAGUUAUGAUGUCUACAGCUCCAUGCUAUAUAUACGUGCGGCAAGGACAAAGUUGCUAGUGUAUGUACAGUCAAAAUAUUAGGCUUUGAUAACCUAAUAAGAAAAUGCAGAAUGCCCAGGUAUAGUUUUACUCCAGCCUUACAUUUGCAAAGCUGCUUUGUUUUGCUGAGCAGAGAAUGCAAUUUGAAAUAAUAUAUAUUCCUUCUAUUGGAGGCAUGGCUCUUACUUUGCAAGAACGGGUGUCUGUCAAAUAAUGAUUAUAUCAAGCAACAAGUCAAGGACUUCUAUGUCAUCCUUCUAAAUAGGAUUUUUUCCCACUUAAGUAAAACAUGCUGGCAAGGAAGGGACACCUGAUGCUCUCUUCCUGGGUAUGGAUGUUAUUUUUUUGCAUCUUGGCUUGUAUUUCAUCAUCUGCUCAAAAUCUGUAGAAAUACAGUUUGGUGUACGAGGAUGAUUGUAUGCUACACUAAAUUGAUCCCCCUCCCAUUUCUAUAUUGCUUUAAACAUGUUGUAAUGCCGAAGCUGUGCAAGAGAUUACCUUUGUGCAGUGUUUUCCUAGCCAUUUAGGAUUUCAUUUAAAACUAAAUAUUAAAGUAUGUGGGUGAUGUGGUUUUUUUUAGCAAGUCUUAUAGAUCCUCUUGAGAAAUCAUACAGAAACCUUGAAAAUCUCUUGAGAGCUGCAGCUGCUGGUAUUUCGAAUUCUGUUGUCUGUUAGAAUUGGAUUUUGUGAGGUUUUGAUUUAGAGCAGCCACAUGGUAUGAAACCUUCUUAGACACCAUCUUGAGUAUACUAUUCCUGAUUUCAAAAAGAAUAAAGCAACUAAACAUGAGUUCAGCCAAUAGAAGUUAUAGUUUGGUCCAUAUGUACUUUAGCAUAUUUUGAAUCCGCUUUUCUCCAUCGUAUUUCUGCUGUAUCUAUUUUUGAGACAGAAAAAUAGCCAUAUGUGUGUUUGCACUAAGUAACUAAACUCUCCAUAACCCCCGCCCCCAAAGAAAAACAAAUCUUGUAUAAACAUGGAUUGAGAAAGUAGCUCAGGUAGUUUGCUGAAGAAAACUUCAGAAAUAACCAAGCAUCUGUUCUUUAAUACAAGUUUUCCUUAUAAAAAGCUUGGGGUUUAUUUAUUCAUGAGCUUGUAAAGAAAAAAAAAACACUAAUUGAAUAUCUAAGCAUGUAAUUAUAGGGUUUUCAGCACUAUUGUUCCACUCAGAGUUACAUCUCGGCUUCCGUUUGUUCUCACAGUUGGAAUGUGUUUACUUAGCGUUUUAUAAGAUGGAGGCAUAAAACUCAAAUCUGUGGAAAGAUAGUUGAAGAGGAUACAAAGGAUUCUGGUGAUUUCUCUAUACUGGGCUUUUUUUUCUAAUGGGAAGUCAUCAGCAUUAGGGGACAGUAUGGUACUCCUUGUUUCAUACAUAGUUCUAGAGAUGCUAGAAGGGUGACACUGCAACCAAUCCAUGGGUAUAUUAAUUAUCUACAAUUAAAAUAACAUUUCACUUGAAAUUAAUGCACAUUUUCAGAUGCUUUGAGGAGCUGAGAGGUUCUGGACAAGUGUGCUUUUAAAUAGAUCUUAACACAGGGAAUGAACUGCCUAAGAAUGAAAAUGGAAGAGGGAGAUGUUUACCCUAUGCUGUCUGCUUCCAGGGUUAGCCCCUACUUAUUUAAUCCUGUUUCUUUAAUGAGCAAGUCUGAGGAGGGGAGUGAGGUGAGGUGAGAGUUUCUUGGCAUGUGCAUUGUGGAGGAUGCCUUGAUUUUUAUGUUUGGAGUCACUUUGUGUCCCUUGACACUUAAUGUGGAGCAGCACUUUUCUGUGUUCUAGCAGACUUGUUCCUAUGUAUUCUUUACAAUUCUGCCUUUUUUCUUCUUUAAAUGAUGUGUAGAUCGAUUUCAGAGAAAUUAAACACGCUUUAUUAAU